AUGUCGCGCAUCACCGCCCCCGUCGCAAAGCUCACCCGCUCUCUCAACUCGGCCGCCACGGCCAGCCGCUCCAGCGGCCUCCUCGAGUCUCAUUACAAUGUCAACAAGGGCGCCGUCCUGAUGCCCAAGUACGCCGAGCUCCUCAAGAACCGGAGCCCCCGCGAGCACGACUCCGCCCGCACCCUCACAACAACCCACCGCCCGACCCCGCAACCGACGCGCGCCUCCCCCUCCCACCGCCAGAUGCAGACCUUCGCCGCCUCUUCGGCGUCCUCCGCCGGCGGCCCCAUCGCCUCCAUGGACUUCACCACCCUGCCCAUGUCCUACGAGCCCCUCCCCGCCGCCAACGAGUUCGCCGGCAUGCGCAUGCCCCUCCUCCCGGACGCCUUCACCACGAAACACCGCUCCCUCUACCAGCAGCCCCCCGCCGACGAGGUCCUCCCCUCCUCCAGGCCCGAGAUCUCCAUCGUCGCCGCGCACCCGGAGAACGUCACCGCCGCCGCCCUCACCGAGGUCGAGGCCUUCGGCGUCGACGGCGUCGAGCUCAAGUGGGCCCACGAGAGCGAGCUCGCCCCCGAGGCGGCCCAGCCCGGCCUGCGGGACCUGUGGAAGGGCCUCGUUGACGACGUCAUGGGCUCGCAGCAGCAAAAGGCCGCUUUCUAG